GGAAAAACGUUGUUUGGAAAGCCUGUUAGACGCGAAUUGAUGGGCAUAGCUAAUAUGACUAAGGAUGAAUUAACAAAAUAUCUCCGCAUGCUUUCUCGAGAUUUCUUCAGGAACUUGACUGGGCUAACAAUCCCCAAGGCGAUUCUUGACCUUCCUAGAGAAAUUUUAGCUAGCCCUUUGGCAUCCAUAUUGAGGCCAUUCAUUAAUAAAUUGUCCGGAGUAAUCUCUUCUAGUGGUAGUCAACCAUACUGCUCUUCCUCUUUAGCUGGUCAAGCUCCCUCUAAUUCCAUAUGUUUCUUGCCAGAUUUGCAUAACUUGGAUUCAGCUUUUCAAUGUGCUGUCGUCCUUGAUGCGUUUCGCGUAAGCAUGUCGCUUUCGCCAGAGCUCACUGACGCUCUGUGUAACACUGUCGAUUCAGCUAAACUGAUAUAUAAUCUUGCAAAUUCGAGUCCUUCCUAUCUGGCGGCCAACAAAGCCCCAAUCAAUACCUCGGGCGUCAACGUGUGUCCUCUCGAUGUAGAUACUCUCAAAGCCAUGCUUGUACGUUAA